GCCAUCAAAUCAUGCAAAGAAGUCAUAGAAAGGUAUGGAAGGUAAUAAAGAGAGACAGAGAUAGUCAUGGACGAAGAUUAUGGCCAUCGAUUUCGGCAUUUUGAUGGAUAGAAGAUUAUGGGCAUCAUGAAUUUGGCACCAAUUAUUUUCCUAUCGUUGUUCAGACAGCCGCCCCUGUGAAGCGUUGGAUGGCACCGCCCAAUGGUAGAAUAAAGAUUAACUUGGAUGCGGGUAUACUCCCGGGAGGAGGAGCAGGGCUAGGUGCAGUGGCGAGAGACUCAGAAGGUAAAUUCCUUUUUGCUGCAGCGAAGAAAGCACCAGGUAUAUAUGAUCCAGAGGAUGCUGAAGCUAUGGCAGUUGAGCUUGGGGUGCAGAUGGCGGCCCAACUUAACCUCAUGAACCCGCUGUUGGAGAUGGAUUGUUUGAAUCUGGUGACAGAUAUCACUCAGGCCGAAAGAAUCAGAACGGAGAAGGGAGUUAUUUGCAGGAACAUCCGGCGAUUGAUUGGUCAAAUGGGAGAAGUUUCGUGGCAAUACGCACCAAGGGAAGCAAACGUUGCAGCUCAUAUAAUGGCGCAUGUGGAAACGAUUUGGAAUGAAAGAUCAGUGUGGGUAGAUAGGCCACCCAUCAUACUUUUAGAUCAGCUAAAUUUGGAUAAUGUAAUAUUGCCUGCUGAUUAAUGAAAGCUCUACACAGGUUGUCAACCCGCGGGUUGACCCGGACCCGGUUGAUCUAGUGCGUCAAGGGUUAAUGGGUCACCCGUUUUAGCCCGGAAAUAUGGAAAGCGUCAUUAUAUUGUACUUAUCCUGAUAAAUUAUAUCAAAUCUCAUCUAACAUAUAAGUUAUAACAUAUAAUAUUACACCAAAAUAACAUUUCGUACUUAGA